AUGGCCGGACGGUAUGUGCGAGGGCCGGGCGUCGGGUCCGUGGCGCGCGUCGUCUCGAACACGCGCCGAAAGGGCAAAGGCCCAGAAGCACGCAGCGGUAUUGACCGUCGCCGUGCGUUGGAGGCGCGCGUGCAAGCGGCGGAACAGGACAUCACCGCCCACAAGGAAACCUUGUACAAGGAGCGGUGGGUUGAGCGCACGACGCGCAAGGCCAAGGCCAAGGCUGCGGAGAUGCGCAUGCAGGAGAUCCUCGACGAAGAACAGCAAGAACUAGAGCGGCGCCGUGCAAAACUGCGGCAGAUGUUAGCUGAUGAGGAGCGGCAUCUGUUGGCGGAGGCAGCGGCGCAGGUCGAAACCCCGCUCGAGAAGCAGGCGCGCAUGCGUGAGCGGGUGCGUGAGUUGCGUGAGGAGCGUGAGAGCGACCGACAGCGCGAGGCGAAGGAGCGCAAGCGCCAGCAGUUUCUCAUGAACAGCGAACCCGUUCGCCAGCUCAAACGCAAGCAGGAACUCGAGAAACUCGUCCAACACCGCGACGUACAGCUCAAGGAGAAGGAAAUUGUCAAGCAGCACGAGAAAGAAGUGGACGAGUUCUUCUCGCGGAUGUGGCUGGAGGACAAAGCAAGCAAAGACCGGCGCUACGCCGAGGAACAGCAGCAACGGGCGCAACGAGCGCGACAACAGCAGAUGGUGCUCAACGAACAGAUGCAGGCUGUCGAGCAGGCCAGGCAGCAGCAGUUGCUGUUGGUCGAGGAGGAGAGAAAGCUCAGGCUGCAAGCGCAGGAGCAGGCUGCGAUUGAGGCGAAGAGACAGCAGGAGGAGGAACGGCGGGGGCGGCAGCGCAUGAUGGCGGAACUCGACAGAUUCAACAAGCAAACGAUUGAGCUGCGAGCACAGGAGGCCCAGAGGGAACUGGAGCAGGAUCUGCAAUAUCUCCAGGAGAAUAUCGACGCUGUGAAGGGGGAAGCAGAGGCGGAGCGGGAGCGUAAGGCGCAAGUGAUGCAGGAGGUGAAGAUGUACAAUGACUACAUCCAGCAGAUGAAGGCGUUUGAGAAGCAGCGCGAGCGGCAGGCGAUGCAAGCGCUGCUUGACAAGUUGGAGCGCGAGCGACAGGCGCGGCAACAGCUCCUCGAUGAAGUCAUGCAGACACGAAGGCAGCAGAUUGACGCAAAGCUGCAAGCGGUUGAGCUUGAGAAGAUGGAGGCGGCACAGGAGUACCACAACCUCGUCCGCGCAAUCAAAGAGCAAGAGGCUGCUGAGGAGGAGCGGAAGAAGAGCGAGCGCAUCCGUGCGCGCGAGGCAGCGAAGGCGCUGCAGGAACAGGCACAGGACAACGCGCGGCGCAGGCGCGAGGAGGAACAGAGACAGGCCGACGAAGCAAGGCGGCUUCGCGAAAUGGACCGGCAGUACGAGGAAACUCUAACGCGCGAACUGCAAUCCCUCGCCGUCACAGGAACAUCCGCCCACUAG